CACACCUACCAGGACAUGUACGGCUGCGACGUGGGACCAGACCGGCGCCUCCUCCGCGGGUACAGUCAGUGGGCCUAUGACGGCUCCGAUUACCUCGCCCUGAAGGAGGACCUGACCUCCUGGAUCGGGGACGACAUGGCGGCUCAGAUCACCAGGCGCAAGUGGGAGGCGGAAGGUUGGGCAGAGCCUGUGAGGAGCUACCUGGAGGGCUGGUGUGUGGAGUCGCUGCUCAUGUACCUGGAAAAAGGGAAGGAGACCCUGCAGCGCACAGACCCUCCAAAGGCACACGUGACCCGCCACCCCGUCUCUGACCGGGAGGUCACCCUGAGGUGCUGGGCGCUGGGC